AUCGAAGAACCGCCGUCUUUUGCAAAAGCCAUCAGAAAAAAAGGAACGGCAGUCACUUUCUACCGAGUAGAAACCCCAUCAGUAAAACAACAGUAGUGAUUAGAUUAUCUCCGUUAUCUCUGAGAUUAAGUUUCUUUUCAUCCCAAAUUUGAAGUGAAGAAGAAACGGCAAAGUUAAUUGUUUUGAAAAGUUGUCCCUGGUUUGUAGCCUGAAACGCUUCGGAUCCAAAUUCUAGUUUUUCCGGAAAAUCUUGAUUUGCAACGAAGGGCAAUAAGCUGCAUCCGUAAAAGUACGAAUUAUUGGGUGGAACCAGGAUUGCACCGAAACAAUUUUUGUGAACCCGAGCAAGUGUAAAUUAGUCAAAAUUAGCGCGGAAUCGAGAGUUCGUAAGAUGUCCCUGCAGACGGACUCGCCGGAUGCGAAAAAGCCCUGCAAGGGCAUCCUGAAGUCGUCUAGCAGCUUCGACAAACAUGCCACAACGGCGGCAGCCGCUUCGUCAGUCAGCCACCGAAAAAGUGCAAAGUUUGAUGAACUGAAUGUGCUGCAGACGUACCAUCCACCGGAUAAAGAUUAUGGCCACAUGAAAGUGGACGAACCGAAGACGCCCUAUAACUACGAGGUGCCGGAGGAUUACGAUCAAUUGGAUGCGGAGCUGCUUGCAGAGAAACUUCGUGUGGCUGCUAACUCGAAAAGUGAUUCCCCCUCGGAUGAGGAGUCAUCCGAAGAAGAAGAGGAAGACCUAACCGAAGAGCAGAAGCAACAUAAACUGGAGUUCGAGCGACGUCGGAAGGCUCACUACAACGAGUUCGAGGCAAUCAAGCUGGCUCGGAAGCUGAUCGAGGAAGAAGACGAAGAUGAUGGCGAUAACGAUGCUUCGAAAUCGUUGGAAAACAGUAGGACAAGUGACGACUCACCCGAUAAGCAAAAAAUGGAGGUGGAAGAGCAGGACGAGGUGGACAAGAAGAGUGGAGCCGAAGUCGACAGCCAACAACCAGCAGGUACCAUUUCUUCUAUACAAGCCGACGAAGUCUAGAGUUGAACCAUGGCCACCUCGACAAUUAUGCGGUAGGAACGUGGGGGGUUCGCGCGUUUCGAUCCGAUGCAAAAUUAUAGUUUUCCAUUUAUACUCUGGGUUGCGCUCGAUGAAAUAUUUUAAGCGCAUCGAUAGAAAUAAUAUACUUAUAUUUAUGUGUAUAUUUUACAUGGCAAAAAACAAAAA